UUAAAACUUAAAUAUUAUUAUUUUUGUUUUUUUAAACUUAAGGCAAAGGGCAACGCUGUAUAGAUAGUGUUAUUGCUUAAUUAACAAUUAGGCCAAAGUUUAAUUCAAUGUAAUGAGUGUACUUCGGUACUAAUUUUCUAUGAGAAUGAUAAACAGAAGUAUAUUUAAACUUUUCAGUUAAACUGAUAACAAAAAGGCAUAUAAUAUCAUUUCUUUGAAUACUUCUUUAUUAGAAGUAUUUUUAAUAAUUAAUUCACAGUUGCAGCUAUAAGUCAUUCUGUCAGUAGUAUACAAUGGCGGUGAGUAUAUGUGGAAGUUUUGAAUAAACUAUUUGUUAACUAAUAUUCAUUUUAUACGAAGUACAACUUUAUUUAACUAGCUGGAAAUUAUGUGAGAAUAGUUUUUAGCAACUAUUCACUGGCGUUACUUUCUUCUUUUAAAAGAUAUUUUCCUAAUAUUCUUAUAGUUAAACGAACUGAGAUACCUUCAACUUGACAAAGUUUUAUUGAGGAUAAAAGUUGGAACAAAAGCCUGGAUCAGGAUCUACGCUAGACUGAGAGAUUACAAACUGUUGGGUCUGAGAAAACUGAAGAUCAACGUUCUCCACGAUCUGUAAAAUAUUUUUCUUUUGUCAUUGCAUUGUUUGGCACAUUUACUAUCUCACUGUUAACUAUGGCAGCUGUUAUAAAACAACCAAGUCAAAUUGAAGGAGAAGAAGGAGAAGAAGAUCAGAGGACUGAUGAGUUAUUUAGAAAUGGAAUGAUGUUUAGCAGUCUUAUGAUUAUUAUUAUCCUCCUUGUGUUAGGUCGAUUAUAUAAGGAAUCUGAAAUGCAUAAAGAAGAUGAAAAAGAUCCUGAUGAUAAGGGAGCAUUGUUUGAAAAAGACUCAAAAGAUGAUGCGCAGCUGUUGGCCGCCUAA